CCGGAUUAGCUACUGCAUCAUCGUUGACUGAACUAUAACCUGCCAGUCUUGGCUCCGGGUUGUCUAUUGCUGUGUUAUUGUAAUUGAUUUUCUUUCCCGAAACCAUGGCGGUAUUCACCAAAGCGACUAUUAGGUUACACCUCUUAUGUAUAUUCUUCGCAGUUGGAUCUUUCGUCUGGGGCUACAAUGUUGGCAUCCUCUCCUCGGUCCUCGUCCAUCCCGGCUUCGACGCCGAGAUGGGCAAGCUCACCGCUUCCCGUAAAGGCGUCAUCACCGCGAUUUACUACCUCGGAACCUGGACGAGCUACAUCUUUCUAUCGCACCCCGCGAGCGACUUCUUUGGACGGCGAUAUGCCGCGCUUAUAGGCACUGCGACCAUCGCGGUCGGUACGGCGUUUGAGGCGGGCGCGAGAUCCCCGGGGGCAUAUGCGAUGAUGAUUAUAGGACGUAUAAUUUGUGGUCUGGGAGUUGCGAUUGUUUCUACGUCUGUUCCGCUGUAUCAAAGUGAAGUUUCACCUGCUGGCCAGCGAGGCAAGUAUGUAGUUUUGAAUCAUGUUGGGUUCGUGGCAGGGCUGGCGGCUGGCUUUUGGGUUGGUUAUGGUAUCACAUUCUGGGGUGAAAGUCCCCACGACAACUACGUCUCGUGGCGGUUCUCGGUUGCGAUUGUCCUCGUCCCUUGCUUGAUUUUCGGCGUUGGUUUACCAUUUCUACCUGAGACUCCUCGAUGGCUUAUCAAACAUGGUCACUACGACCGCGCCCAGAGAUCUCUACACUGGCUCCGCGAGGGCAGUUUCACCAACGCCCAGAUGGAAAUCGAGCUCAACAGUAUCCGGGACACAGUUGAAGCUUACAAAACUUCGGGCCACAACUGGCUAUCCUUGUUCAAGGAGCGAAGUCUCUUCAAUCGUCUGUGGCGGGCAGCACUCCUCCAGUUCAUGGCUCAGAUGUGUGGCGCUACGGCAAUGAAGUACUAUCUGCCAACUUUGUUCCUUAAGCUAGGCCUUGGCAGGCGGAUGUCGCUUCUAGCUGGUGGCAUCGAGUCCACUUUGAAGAUUGGGAUGACUGUGAUUGAGAUGCUACUUAUCGACAGACUUGGAAGGAGGACGACACUGCUCGCUGGGUGCACCGCCAUGAGUGCGGGUAUGCUUAUUAAUGGAGUCCUUGGAGAGGCAUAUCCCAACAACCAGAACCGUGCUUCGGAUAUUGUCUGCAUUACAUUCAUCUUCAUCUAUGCAAUUGGGUACAGCCUUAGUUUUGGGCCGUCUGCAUGGGUCUAUGGGUCUGAGAUAUUUCCGACUUCCGUGCGUGCCAGAGGGUUGAACUUCUCUGCUUCUGUUGGAGCUAUCGGUUCAGUCGUCGUUGCACAGGUCUGGCCUGUGGGAAUUGACCAGAUUGGGUCCAGGAUUUACUUCUUUUUCUUCGCAGUGAAUGUCGUCUGCGUUCCUAUCAUCUACCUGCUGUACCCAGAGACGAAAGGUCGAGCAUUGGAAGACAUGGAAUCGCUCUUUAGCAGAGGUACAAUGCGGAGGAACAGUGAAGCCUCGGAUCUACACGACGAUACGGCCUUGCCGAAGACUAAUCCUCAUUCCGUAUGAUGGCGGAUUCUAUGUGCUAAACACAUGUGAGUGUAGAGAAUAGGCGGUGGCAGUGUACAAAAUUUGCACAUACCAAUUGCGAAGCAGUAGUACAAAGUCAAUGACAGUUAUUUGCACACGCACU